AGGUGAGGCUGUGCAGCAUCAUCAACAUCGCCAUCAUCAUCAUCAUCACCAUCAUCAUCGCCAUCAUCGACGUCGUCGUCGUCGUCGUCGUCGUUUGUGACAAGCACCGCACAGGAUCCCCGUGAGAAGGUUCGACUUGAAAACAGGAGAUACGUGCUGACCGUGCUACUAGGAGGACACACUUUUCACGAUCUCUGCUGCGGAAAAGCAGAAAACUUGACCCAUUGGAAAAGUGCAGUUUAAAUAGUGUUCCAAGUGUGACAUGUUGUGUAUUCCGUGAAGAUAACAGUGCUCUACAAGAGUUCGAUAAAAUUUACUUCGGAGGAGCAGUGUAUCUGCAGGAAAAAUGAUGCUGAAGAAAAAUCUUCUCUGCUGGUUGCUCCUGUCAGCCAUAUUGGUUAAAACGGCCUACUGCAUUCCAACAUCGGUUGCUACCGAGACGGAUGACGACAACGACUCUGAGUGGGACGAAGAAGACGAAUCGUCCGAAGCAGAUGACGACGGGCGGGUCUACAAGAAUCCAAGGAAUUCGCCCUCGACCGAGUGUCCACGAGACGAGGAGCAGGCCACACUUUUGGGACAAAAAUGUCUGAGGAAAUGUUCAUCAGACGAAGACUGCAAGAGUAAGAAAAAGAAAUGCCUGUGCGAUGGUGCAUGCGGAAUGUCUUGCAUCAAGCCGGAUCGCGAGUGUCCCGCAUUGGAUCAGCCACCGACGGGGGCCGUCACCGUGUCUGGCAAUCACUUCGGAUCACGUGCUGUCUAUACCUGUCCCCAUGGGUACCAUGUGGUGGGACUGCAAAGCCGGUUGUGCCAAGCGGAUGGAACAUGGGCUGGAAGUGAACCGAUUUGCAAACAGAAUAUCUAUUGUCUUCAGCCACCGAUUAUCGAACAUGCGCGCCACUCGGCCCUUCCAGAACAGGCAACCUUCGAUUUGGACUCGACCGUUCAGUACCAUUGCCAUAAUGGCUAUGCCACUGCAGGGUUUCCACGAGCGAAGUGUUUGGCUGUAGAUGGCCAGGCCAGCUGGUAUGGUCCGGACAUUUCCUGUGAACCUCGUUCCUGUGGUCAACCACCGGAUCCAGCUCACGGGUGGCAUUCCGGUGAAAGCUACACAUUUGGUGGGAAAGUUACGUACCACUGCGGUGAUGGAUAUGAGCUAGUCGGCAAAGCUGAACGGUACUGCCAAGCAGACGGAUCGUGGACCCCAAAGGAACUGCCGACUUGUGUUUUGGUCACAUCUGUACAGUGUCCAUCCCCGGAGAAUCCUCGCAACGGCAAGGCUAUCUAUACCAGCACCUCGUACAAUUCGGUGGUCAGUUACGAAUGCCGUUAUGGGUAUACUCUGGUAGGCGAGAGCUCUCGCCGUUGUGGAGCAGACAAGCGUUGGACCGGAGCACUUCCAGCGUGUAAAGAAAUAAACUGUGGUCAUCCGGGAACCUUGUAUAACGGCUGGUUAGAAAACAUCGAAAGCGGAACCGGACUCGGAGCAAGUAUUAUAUUCCGAUGUCAUCCGGAAAUGUUACUCGUUGGCAACACUUCCUCGGUAUGUCAGAUAGAUGGACGGUGGCGAUACCCUCUUCCACAGUGUCUGGCGCCGUGUGUUGUUCCUUCUAUUUCCCAGGGUCAGGUGAUACCCAUCGAAUUCGAUGUUGACGUGAACGCAACGACGAUUGUUCCUACCAGCGGAAGUAGUUCGAAGGUAAAGCACGGAACAGUGCUGGAAGUUAUUUGCGAUGAACACUACGAGUUUCCGUUCUCGUCAUUAUCACCACCCACAUGUAACAAUGGCACGUGGAGUGUUAUUCCACGAUGUGCUCCCGCACGGUGCAAGACUAUGCCAAAGCCUCCUAAGUUUGGAAUGGUGCUAGCUCCCAAGACAGAACAUGGAAUGAGGGCAAGAUUUAAAUGUAAAGAUGGAUACAACCUAACGGCUCCGGGCGGUAAAGAGCUAACAAAUCCAAACGACUAUGUACUGAUUUGUUCGUUCGGAAACUGGACCGGUGAAACUCCUCUGUGUCAGGAGGUCUAUUGUGCUUUUCCUGGAUAUAUUCCAAACGGUAAAGUGUUGCUAGUAGGAAAUAUGGGACUAUAUGAUUACAGACCGUACGUCAGAAAGGUAAUCAACAAUAAACAGAUCAUGUAUGAAUGUGAUAAAGGGUACGUUAUAGACACCGGGCCACCGGGUGCAACCUGUAUUGGAGGCAAAUGGAGCCCCAGAGAACUUCCGGCUUGUAUCCCUGGCCAGCAUCCCAGAUUACGUUGGACUAGACGCCGUCGAUCGAUUGAUUUGAGGCUUCGAUUCAGUCGGUCCAAUCAUCUUAAGCAACACUAUCGGUAUUUAAAACGCAAACUCGAUGAACACAAUGAGUACAAUAGGAUGUACCCGAUGCUGCAGCAUGAAAGAGCAAAACGAGACCUAGCCUCUUACAGAGGUCAGAUGCCUCAUAAACGGCACUACAACUUCGACGAUUUUCAGCAUUAUAGAGCAAAACGAAGCAUUGAAGCAAAUCGAAAUGCUUUCCUAAGAAAUGCAUUCAAAACGGUUGUAAUUCGGGAACGUCGAGAAUUAACGGAUGUGGAAAAAGCAUACAACAAAUAUUACGAAAGGAUCAAGGCCAAAUACAGAAAUUACGUACAGAACCUGUUGGGCUAUAACAAAAUGCGCCCUUUGCAGAAGAAUCACAAGGUCCACGUGCAGGAUGGAAGAUGGUACACCACCGAUCCAGAAUCCGUGUCGAGAAACCGAGUAGUUCACAAAGCAAGGAUCGGUGCCAAUGACUUCGAGGAUGAAUCAACCACUAAAGAGCCGAGAGUUGUUAAAGCUAAAGUAAACAAAUCCCGCGUGAAGCCUAACACUCCGGCGCCUAUUGCUGUUCCCGAUAUAAAUGAAAAGUCAACGUACAAAUACGAUUUCUACGACAUUUCGGAAGGCAACCAUUCGAGUCACCUUACGGAGAAUGAUAUCUAUUCGAACUAUUUCCCACCUCCUCUGACUGGCAGAUAUCACACGAACUGGCAGUUUGCCUCCGAAUUGGGUCCCAAGAUACAGGGUCGUUCAGAGGACAACAAUCGUUUCUACGUGCCGCUCCAUCAUAACCGUUCGGAGAAAAAUCCUAUUUCGACUGCUGCCCUUAUGCAACAACUUCAUUCACAAAUCAUCCGUAGAAAGCGUGAUACCAAAGAGGUGUCAGUUUUAUCAACGGAAGAUACCAGACAAAAAGGACAGAGGAAUAACCGGAAAAAUGCUGGCGGCGUCGUGAACCAGACAGAUGCUACCGGUGUAGAAGGGAUAGACCCUGCCAAGAAAGCAAAGUUUAAGGGACCCUGUGAAGCACUGGCUAGCGAGAGUUAUGCGCAACUGGAGAUUGUGCGACCGGGUAAAGAUCCUAAUGAGACUUUUGGGCCGGGAACAAUUGUUCGGGUUAUCUGCGGAAAAGGCUAUACAUCGAAUAUGGUCAGUCCGAACGCAACAUCGAAAUGUGUACGAGGAAGGUGGAAGCCAAUCAAACCCACUUGUAAUAUGAAAUCCGUUUCAGAGCCUUGCUUCGUGCCAUCGACGGAACAUGGAAAGUAUUAUGCAGCUCCAAUCGACCAAACCACAAUGGACGCAGUGAAACCAACAACAGCCGCACUUACGCCGAUGGAAACGAUUGAAAAUGGGUUAAUGAUCAGUUUCCAGUGUGAUCCUGGGUUUAAUACGCAGGGUCCUUCGAACCUCCGUUGUUGGAAUGGUGAAUGGGCUUCAAGUACUCUUCCCGAGUGCUUACCUGCUCCUUGCGUCCUUCCACAUAUCAUGCACACCAUGUAUCAAGGAGGUUAUAGACCAGGGCUGACCAUAGCUCAUGGAAGCUCAGUUAUGAUACAGUGUGAGAGCGGCAUGGGAAAUCUGGCACCAGUUCAAAUGGACUGUGCGCUCGGAUCAAUCACCCCCGAAACUAUCAACUGUGGUUAUGUGGCAUCGCGUAAGUCUCGUGACGAUGACAGUAGCUCAGUCAUCGUGCUCGAUGGCGGCAAUGUAACAUCGUCGGAAGAUGAAAACGACGGCAGGGACUGUGGACCACCGGGCAAAAUCCACGGUUCGUUGGUGUAUAAAAAUGGUGAACAAAUCGAUGACAGCGAGGAAGGCUUUCAUUCCGGAACGGAGAUUACAUUUGACUGCAUUGCCAGUAUCACGGGGGAACAGACCACUUGGAAGAUUAUUUGUGAAGACGGGCAGUGGAUUGGACGGUCAAUGACUUGCGACGAUGAUGAUCCACUAUUCCAUCGAAUUCCUUCGGCCAAUGGAUCUUGCGUUUUCCGAAACAACGAACCACACGUUGUUAGUUUUUACAACGACCUUGAGAUAAGAGAAGAUAUAGUGGAAUUUCCACCAGCAACAACCAUCAUAUCUAGAUGCGUAGAUAUAGGAAAGUAUGCAAUGAUCGGAACCAGCGUACGCACCUGCGUUCAUUCAGAAUGGACAGGACAAAAACCAUCCUGUUUUGGAUUGAAUCAGGAAAAUGACUACGCAAUGGAAAAAUCACCCACAAUUUUGAUUCGUCACCAGAAUGGACCGAUUGCGCAGAGUAACGAUGGAAAGUUAAUCGUUUACCCGGGAACUACCGUACAUUUGGAAUGUUUGUGGAUGAGGCGUUUCGGAAAUCCGAAAUGGAAUGUGAGUCACGAUUACAGGAAAUAUCCGGAGGGAUGGAGUUCUGACGAGGGUCGGGAUCCACAAUUGGAGUAUCGAAUCAGUAUUAUGCAUGCUGUAAAGGAUGAUUCCGGUAUUUUCACCUGUGUAACCCCGGCCAGGCACACCCAUUCGGUUGAAGUGAUUGUCAAGCCGGUACACUGUAACGAAAUCCAAGUGCGUCGAGGUUUAUCGGCAAGUACUACGGAAACGAUGAUGGGUACACGUGUCCUUUUUUCAUGCACAAACGGAAAUGCUUUGAUCGGUACACCGGAAAGCACCUGCCUUCCAAGCGGAAAUUGGAGUGCACCACUUCCAGUCUGCGAAAGUGUAGAAUGUGGCGAAGUUCCCAUUCAAGCGAGUAUCAACGGAUCUGCUCCUCGAGUGGCUAUUCUUUCGCGUGAGGUUGGCGGACGUGCUGCUUUCUCCUGUCCGCCGGGUUAUGGCCUGAGAGGACCCAGUGAGGCAAUCUGUUUGCCCUCGGGUGAAUGGGGUGCACCUUUUCCGACGUGUGUUGAGGUUCAAUGUUUCCAUCCGGGGGCACCGCAGAAUGGAUAUGCCCAAGGAACGCCGCCAUACAGGGCGGGAGAUGUGGUGCAGUUCAAUUGCAAUCCGGAGUACAUGAUGCAAGGUCAACCGAUCAUUGCCUGUCAGGAUAACGGACGAUGGUCCGGAGGUUUACCUCAAUGUGUCCAGGCGUGCUCGUAUCCGGGAACGGCAAUCAGUGGUCGGAUGUCGUCGGUCAAAUUUUACUAUUCGAUCGGUGAAAGCAUCACGUUCACCUGCGAUGCCGGUCUGGAGCUGCGAGGGGCCAAAAUGCUCAAGUGUCUGAAGAAUGGCAAGUGGUCUAACGCCAUUCCCACCUGUGUCAACCCGGACGCCGUGAACGUGCGAAGUGAUGCCAAAGGUAUCUUCAAGCGAGACAAUUAGGUACGGCUCAUAAAUACACACCCCAAAUAUGCAACCACACAACAGCAAACACACACACUCACAUAUAUACACACACGCGCCGAAGUGGUUUCUAUCCUGUAAUGGUACCUUUGGGAGAUAUAUACAUACGUUAGUGAAACCACACUCUAACUAGGCGGUAGCUGUAGGCGUUCCAGGCAGCCUGGAUCAAUCAAGUUUUAAUGAGAACAUGAAUUAAACAUAUUGACUGUUAAAAGUUAACUGCAGAAAUGGCACAUCAGAGAUAGCAUAUGUAAUAAUAAUAUUAACAAUAGCGAUACGAGGAUAAAGUUUGGGUACUCAUACCUCUGAAAAAAAAAAUGCAAGUAGCAGCUGUAAAGUUUUAUUUGCUUCCGAGCACGCUAGGUUUCAUUUGCUUGUUGGCUUUCCGUGCAAAAACCGUUAUGAAUGGGAGGAAAAAUCAAUUACUGCGAUGUUGAAUCUAUGAUUAUAGCAAUCGUGUUAGUGUUAACAAAUGAGACCGCAGAUAAAGGCAGUGUUGUAAAUGUAAAUUGAUUCUGUUUUAUAGGCCGGAAAAUAUUAGCAUCCCGUUGUCGUAAUGCCUGUUUGCUGUCGAAGUGUGACGUAGUAUCCUUCCUUCCAGAACGACAUGAAUGAUAACUCCUAAUUACCCGGUACGGUGGGAUAGAAUUGAGAGGCAAGUCGUAAUUCAGCCGAAGCUGGGAAUGUUUUGUGAUUUAGAUUCCGGAAAAUGUACAUCUCACCGUACCAAAUGAGGGAAGAUGGCGUUCGGAGGGUGGGUAAUUAAUUGAUAUGCGUAAUUACUUUUCACAUGCAUUUUGAAUGCAUACGAAUUAAACGGGGUUGCUAUUUUGAAUAUAAAUAAUAACUGAAAGUGGGAACGAAAAUCAAAAUGGUGUACUUAGCAGUGUUCGCGAGAUCGUGUUUAUUUUUGUGCAAAUUUUUCCGCUUAGAUUAGUUAUGAUGAACAAACCCCGUUACUGUAAAUAUAUAGGAUUGAGUGUAAUUUAUUUAUUUAUUUAUCAUUAAACUACUAUCGCUGUCAGAACUGAAACAUAUUGAAAUAAAAAAUCUCUGAUAUUGUUGCUUGUAUGUAAAACAAUGCGAUUCCUGUAGUCAGCGUAAUUUUCGACUGUUCCACAAAACACAAACACACACACAAACACACAAACAUAAUCAUUGUGAAUGCUCAAAUAUAUCUAAAUUGACUAGAAACAA